GCCGUGGGACCAGCUCGCUCCCGGACGCCAAAUGGCUGAUAUGUCAGGCGAUGGCGGGGGAUUGAAGUGCCCUCACUGUGGCGAUUGGCUACCAUGUAAGAUGCCCACCGUAGUGCGGACCUGCCCGAUUUGUAAUAAGGCAGUUUGGGCCCCGCCGCAGGGUGAUACACGGGCAGCAACGUCUCAGGUAAAAAGCGGGCAUUCGACGGUUUCGGAGACGGGUCGGCUCGCUCAACCGCCAACCGAAGGAAGCGAGCAGCUCGGCGUUGUUACUGACCUCCAUCGGCAGCCUACUCCUAAUGUUUCUCCCAAGGGGACGUUUAAAACUCCGGUACAAGAGACUGGUGGUGGAGGUGAUCAUUUUGAGAAUGCCAAGUGUGAUAAUGACAGUGAAGAAAUGGAUCACAAUAAAACCACCUCCAAUGACAACAAAGAGAGUAAGGCAACAGAUACAAAACAAGAAUCCCACUCCAAAAAUGAACAAGAUAAACAUGCACCACCUACCUCAGUUGCCCAGCCUCAUACACCUAUGGAUGUUGAUAACAGUGGUUAUGGUAGAGGUGAUGUAGAUAGCAGAGGUAGUGAUGCUAGUAAAGGUGGCCAAGAUACUGGAGCUAGUGGAAGUGGAGGUGGUGGAAGUGAAGGAGGUGGAAAUUAUGAAGACGAUGGUAAAUGUGGUGGAAAAGGUGGUGAAGAUGACAAAGAUAGUGGAGGUGGUGGUCAUAGAGGUAGUGGAGGUGAUAAAGAUGGUGAAGACAAUGGAGGUGGUGAUACUGGAGGUGGUGAAGACAGAGGAGGUGGUGAUACAGGAGGUGGUGAAGACAGAGGAGGUGGUGAUACCGGAGGUGGUGAAGACAGAGGAGGUGUAUAUACAGGAGGUGGUGAAGACAGAGGAGGUGGUGAUACCGGAGGUGGUGAAGACAGAGGAGGUGGUGAUACCGGAGGUGGUGAAGACAGAGGAGGUGGUGAUACAGGAGGUGGUGAAGACAGAGGAGGUGGUGAUACAGGAGGUGGUGAAGACAGAGGAGGUGGUGAUACCGGAGGUGGUGAAGACAGAGGAGGUGGUGAUACAGGAGGUGGUGAAGACAGAGGAGGUGGUGAUACCGGAGGUGGUGAAGACAGAGGAGGGGUGAUACGGAGGUGGUGAAGACAGAGGAGGUGGUGAUACAGGAGGUGGUGAAGACAGAGGAGGUGGUGAUACCGGAGGUGGUGAAGACAGAGGAGGUGGUGAUACUGGAGGUGGUGAAGACAAUGAAGGUGGUGAUACGGGAAGUCGUAAAGAUGGUGGAAGUUGUGGUAGUGGUGGCGGUGGAGAUAGUGGAGGUAUUGAAGAUGGUGAAAUUGGCGGUAGGGGAGGUGGUGGAGAUGGUGAAGAUAGUGGAGGUGCUUGUAGUGAAGGUUGUGGAGAUGGUGCUCCAAAGAC